AGUGGAGAGGGAGGAGGGAGGAGGGAGAAUAGUGGUGAAAUUUUCAGGGGUAAGGGACUGAGCACACGGUUCCCAGCAGGGAGGAACUCAGCUGUGGGUGGAGCUCAUCUGUCUUCCCAGCACUGUUAGGCAGAUUGUUAGUAACAUCACUCCUCCGGCCCUCCGGCUCCGGAGUAUUGGCUAUCAAGGGGAUAUUAGAGUCCUGGCUAGAGAGUCCACUUUACAAAAGGGGAAACGGAGGCCCGAUGAAGUUAAGUAACCUGGCCAUGUCAUAAACAGUAACAGAACUGAGAUUUGAAUAACUUCUGUCCCCUGCCUCCAAAUCCAGUAGUCAGGAGCAAUGUGAUACCGGAGGAAGCCACACGACAGCUGUCAGAGGACCUCACUGAUACAAUAUUUAUAAGACAUUGAACUUAACCUGCCUGGUGGACCUCGGUUUUCUCACGGUUGAUCCAGGAACACAACAGUAAUGGAGUAUAUGAGCACGGGAAGUGAUGAUAAAGAAGAAAUUGAUUUGUUGAUUAAACACUUGAAUGUGUCUGAUGUCAUAGACAUGAUGGAAAAUUUCUAUCCAAGUGGAGAACCUGCAGUUUAUGAACAUAGCCUUGUCAACAUGGGCCAGGACACUAAUCAAAAUGAAGAGCGUGCAGAAUCACUUUUACUUAGUGGUCAGGAGGUUUCUUUGCCAUCAUCUGUCAAAUAUGGAACUGUGGAAGACUUGCUUGCUUUUGCAAAUCAUGUUUCCAAUGCCACAAAGCAUUAUUGUGGAUGUCGGCCACAGGAAUCUGGAAUUCUGUUAAAUACAGCCAUUACCCCCCAAAAUGGGAGGUACCAGAUCGAUGCUGAUGUUUUUCUCUUUCCAUGGAAGCUGACUUAUAGGAAUAUUGGCUCUGAUUUCAUUCCCCGGGGAGCUUUUGGAAAAGUAUACUUAGCACAAGAUAGGAGGACAAAAAAAAGAAUGGCAUGUAAACUGAUUCCAGUAGAUCAAUUCAAGCCAUCAGAUGUUGAAAUUCAGGCCUGUUUCCAUCAUGAAAAUAUUGCAGAACUAUAUGGUGCUGUCUUAUGGGGUGAAACUAUCCAUCUCUUUAUGGAAGCGGGUGAAGGAGGAUCUGUUAUGGAGAAGUUGGAGAGCUGUGGGCCAAUGAGAGAAUUUGAAAUUAUUUGGGUCACGAAGCAUGUUCUGAAGGGACUUGAUUUUCUUCACUCAAAGAAAGUAAUACAUCAUGAUAUUAAACCCAGCAACAUUGUUUUCAUGUCGACAAAAGCUGUGUUGGUAGAUUUUGGCCUGAGUGUUAAAAUGACAGAAGAGAUAUAUUUUCCUAAGGAUCUUCGGGGAACAGAGAUUUACAUGAGCCCAGAAGUGAUUCUCUGCAGAGGCCAUUCGACAAAAGCCGAUAUCUACAGCUUGGGGGCCACCCUCAUCCACAUGCAGACGGGUACCCCUCCCUGGGUAAAACGCUACCCUCGGUCUGCCUAUCCCUCCUACCUUUACAUAAUUCACAAGCAAGCUCCUCCUUUGGAAGACAUCGCUCAGGACUCUAGCCCAGGUAUGAGAGAACUGAUAGAAGCAGCAUUGGAAAGAAACCCCAACCAGCGGCCGACUGCGGCCGACUUAUUAAAGCACGAGGCCCUGUACCCUCCCCGAGAGGAGCAGCCGCGUUGUCAGAGUCUGGACUCGGCCCUUUUUGAGAGGAAAAGAAUAACAAGAAAGGAUUUGGAACUGCCAGAGAACAUCACAGAUUCCUCUUCAUGCACAGGGAGCACAGAAGAAUCUGAAGCAAUGAAGAGGCAACGGUCUCUCUACAUCGACCUCGGAGCCCUGGCUGGCUAUUUUAACAUUGUCCGAGGACCUCCCACGCUGGAGUAUGGUUGAUAGUCAGCACCGUCUGCUUUGAGUUAGUUUAUCUUCUCCUAGAAGAUUUAAAAAUGAAUCUGCAUAGUGACUACGUAGUUGGUGGUACCACGGGUCUUUUAGCUAGAUGGUAUGGACUCUACGUUGCUCACAUACAGUUGAUUUCUGAAACUGGACUGGUACAAACUAAGAAGAAAUGUUCUCACGUUCCUGAUGAUAAACCCCAAAUAAGAUGGUUGAUAUGAUUAGAAGAAGGACUUUGUGGUGAUUGGUUCCAUCUACUAUGUACUUUGAUGUUUUCAGUUUUGGAUGAUUAUAAGAAUACAUUAAUGUAGAAAUUAUGACUUGUGUUUCUAAGUUGGAUAAGAAAUCUUCAUUUAUUGGAGAAUGUUUAUUGUUUUUGGACGGUGUUUUCUUGAGCCCUUGAUGUUAGAUUCUGGAAAAAAUUGAAUUGACUCUUCUGAGGGAUGCUAAGAGUACUGUUUUAAUCACCAAUAAGGUCAGCCAGUGUAAUGGAAUGGCUAAUUGAAUGUAUCCCUAGCAAUCUGUCACUAAUGACGUCCUAUUAUGUUCCUAUGGAAACAAUUUUUACUGUACAUGCUGUGCUUAAUACAUUUAAAACACAAUGUUUUGGAUGUUGGCAAAACUGUGUAAACCACAUAAUUCUGUACAUCCGAUGGGAUGAAUGAGUGAACUUCUAGGAAAAACUGAAACAUUUGUAAUGUUGAAAUGCUUGAAGCAUUUGAGUUUUGAAGGAACAUACUGUGUAUGUUGUAUAUCAAAUGCUUCCAGGAACAAUCCUGUACUUUUGACAUUAUGAAAUAUUUAAGAAUAUUAUUAAAAUGUGUUUUUGGGUAACAAAAUAUGAUGAAGCAAAAUAUUUUGUCUAAUGUGGACUGGUCAAUCAGCUGAAUAAAUUCCAUAUUUUGUCUUAGCU